AUGCAGAACCAACGCUCUGUGAAUCCCUCAGAUGCCACGGAUUGCGAAGUUCUCUACCUAAUGGACGCGACCUUAUUUGCUCCGCUGAGUUGCGAUUGCAACGAGGCUGUGACAAACACGUCAAAUCUCGUGGAGGAAGCUCUUGGUUCCGCACCAAAUUGUCUUGCCCUAAUCCUCAAUGCUUCCAAUCAGAUACAAAAUUGGUUGCCAAAGUAUAUUGAUGAUGAAGAAGAAAUUAUCAAUGCUUUUAUUUGUUUGGACAAGCACUAUGCUCGUGAAACCCAUGCAUGUGGUGUUCUAAGCCACAAGAGGAAUGAGGGGAAUGUGUACCCAGGUUCUGCAGGUCAUAUUCUUUAA